AUGGACCCCAUCAGCGCUCUCCAUGACGGGAUCCUUGCAAAGAUCGUCUCCCUCCUCCCUCUGAAGCGCAUGCUCCGCACCUCCCUUCUCUCCCGCCGCUGGCGCCUCGUCUGGACGACCGUUCCCGCCUUCGACUUCACCGAUGCUGCCGACGACAAUGUCAACGUCUACAUCUCCAGAAUCGACAGCUGCCUGGAGCAUCUAUCCGCCUCCCCCUCCUGCAUGACCAUCCCCUCUAUCGUCUUCCCCGCCAUCCAAGACUCCGACGUCGUCGACCGCUGGAUCCGCUUCGCCGCCGCCCACUCAGUCCAGCGCCUCAAAUUCGCCAUGUGGAUGGACUACACCCCCCCAAUCCCCUUCACCCUUCCCCUCUCCCUCUUCCAAUUAUGCCGCGGCCUCACGGCCCUCGACAUCUCCAGCUGUGAAAUCCCUGGCGUCCUCGAGCCCGUCAUCAGCCCUGCUUUCCCCUCCCUCCGCUCCCUCUCCCUCUUCGAAGUCACCAUCGCCGAUCCGCGGGCGUUUUUCGCGCAGUGCCCGGCGAUCGAGCGCCUCACCGUGGAGCUCCUCAACGAGGCCGAUCUCCUCCCCGCGUCCGCCUUCCGCUCCUGCCCCCUCAUCUCCACCCUCAGACUCGCCUACUGCACCGUUCCCCGCGAAACCCCCUCCGCCGGCCCUCCCGCCUUCCCCUCCCUCCGCUCCCUCGAACUCGACUACGCCCGCGUCGCCGCUCCCCAGUCGCUCCUCAACUCGUGCCCCGUCAUCGCGGAGCUCACCAUCAGGAACCCAGUUCCGGAAGGUUUCGCUUUCCGCCUCGACCCCCGCCACACCGUCUCCACCCUCCGGAUCUUCGGUCCGACUGUCCUCCCUUUCUCCCUCCCCUCCUCCUCCUUCCGCACGCUCGUCCUCUUCGAUCUUGAAAUCGCCAACCCGCCGGCGCUCAUCCGGGCAUUCCAGGGGCUCGAACUCCUCUCCCUUGAUAGUGUCUUGUUCGAGACCGGAGCUGACUCGGGAAUCCAGGUUCGAGCGCCGAGGAUGAGGCACCUCAUGGUGCAGGAUUCCGAGGAGCUCGGCACCAUCGUUGUCGCUGACACUCCCCAGCUCUGCCGCCUCUUCUACUGGGGCGACAUCCGCUAUCUAGGAGUGUUCGACCGUGCCGUCCCAAAGCUGGAAGAGGCCUUUCUGCAUUGCACGGUCAAGAAUCCUUACGGCGGAAAAUACCACCUGUGGAAGAACUUGAUGCAGCCGCUCUCCCACGUUAGGCUGUUGUCUGUCAACUGGUGGUUCAUUUGUGAGUUUAUGCAAGGAUGUCCUGUUGGGAGUGAGCGGCUGAUAUUUGACAAACUCAAAGAGUUCCAUUGGUGGCCUGUGUUCAAGAAAUAUGCAGUAGCCACAUUUGAGAAGUGGUACACCAAAAGGCUGUCACCCAUCGUCGUUUUGUCACUUCUUGAUUUCCUCGAGUGUUGCCCGAACAUACAACACCUAUGCAUUGUCAGCACGAAUGCUGUACCGGAGAGCCCACCGCCAGUAGUCCCCUCAGCAAAAGAAAAUGAAGAUGAAUUUUUGAUCAUGAUGGAGAAUAGUAUUGAUUUAAACCAAACCGAAGGUUUGCAGAUCGUGCAAAGAGUACCGAAUAUUGGCCAGAGCUCGCUGCCUCAACUAAAGAAAUUCACGAUGCAUCAAUUCUCCGGAGGGCCGGGAGAUAUGUGCUUGCUGUACUUUGUGGGGUUGAAGGGUUGUGCUCUACAGCACAUACAUCUUUAUUAUGUGAAAGGUUCAAGAGGGGCAACGCACAGGAUUCAGAGCACUGUCUGCCAUUACUUCUCUACAUGCUCUCCGCAUGCUAUUCUUCAGUUCUCGAAAUGUUCUUCUGAUGAAAACUGCCCAAGGCAUGCGGAGUUAUGUAUGUAUGAGUUUUAUGAAUGAAUCAUGAUGGUUUAGAUUAGCUGCUGCUAUGACAAAUUGAGAUGGGGCGCUCCUGUCACUUUCCUCCUUUUUUUUUUUGUUAUCUCGAAUGUAUAGAACACAUGUACUGUGUACAGAUCAUACUUUUUUUACUUGUUUCAGAAACAUGCUGGGAGUGGGAACAAUAACUAAGCAAAUUGAACUGUUGAUUUCAUACGAAAGUCAACAGUACAUUUUAUGUUGUUCUUUGACCUCUUUAAGGUCACUUGAUCUUUUCACAAAUCAAAGCAAAAGCCCUGGUCAAAAUUGGGCAUAACUCAUCUCACAAA